AAAACAAAAAAAAAACACUAUCAUUAAUCAAGUUCCACUGUUCAUUUUCGAUCUGCAUAAUGAUGAUGAGUCGUCGCUAUGGAGCCAAGCUAAUGGAAACUGCUGUGACUCACAGCCAUCUUUUGAAUCCUAGGGUUCCUCUCGUGACGGAAAAUAUUAGGGUUCCGGCGAUGGGAGUCGUGAGAGUUUUCAGCAAGAUGACAUUUGAGAAGAAGAAAACUACGGAGGAGAAAGGAUCUAGCGGUGGCAAGGCUGAUCAAGGUAACAAAGGGGAGCAAUUAAUCGUUAGCUACUGGGGAGUGAAGCCGAUGAAGAUCACCAAAGAAGAUGGAACUGAAUGGAAAUGGAGUUGCUUUAGGCCAUGGGAGACAUAUAAAUCAGAUCUGACUAUAGAUUUGAAGAAGCAUCAUGUUCCAUCGACUUUACCGGACAAACUAGCUUAUUGGACCGUGAAAUCUCUUCGAUGGCCUACCGAUCUUUUCUUCCAGAGGCGGUACGGAUGCAGAGCAAUGAUGCUAGAAACGGUUGCAGCGGUUCCAGGAAUGGUUGGAGGGAUGUUAGUACACUGCAAAUCGCUUCGACGGUUUGAACAAAGCGGUGGUUGGAUCAAAGCCCUACUUGAAGAAGCAGAGAACGAGAGAAUGCAUUUAAUGACAUUCAUGGAAGUCGCGAAACCUAAUUGGUACGAACGAGCUCUUGUGAUUGCCGUUCAAGGCAUUUUCUUCAAUGCUUAUUUCCUUGGAUACCUAAUUUCUCCCAAAUUUGCUCAUCGUAUGGUUGGAUACCUUGAGGAAGAAGCAAUCCACUCUUACACUGAGUUUCUUAAAGAACUCGAUAAUGGUAACAUCGAAAAUGUGCCUGCACCGGCUAUUGCCAUUGAUUACUGGAGACUUGAAGCUGAUGCGACGCUUCGUGAUGUCGUCAUGGUGGUCCGUGCUGAUGAAGCGCAUCACCGUGAUGUUAACCACUAUGCAUCCGAUAUUCAUUACCAAGGUCGUGAGCUAAAAGAAGCUCCAGCUCCCAUUGGAUAUCAUUGAAUCUGAAGAGCUUCUAGCUUUGUUUUGUCGUUUUGAUACGGUCCAGUUUUGUUUUCCUUGUUCCUAAAUGGGCUUUAAUGGGUAUUUGUUAAAAUUUAGUGGGCCUUAGAGUAAGCUUAUUUGUGCUUGCUUUCUUUUUGCUUCAUAAAAGAGUGUUUUGUUUGUUUUCAUUCUCCUAAUAAAUCAGUGCUU